GGGGCACCUAGGGCGGAAGUGACGUCAUGACAGUGAAGCCAUGGAGCCCGGGGGUACCCAGAGCGGAAGUGACGUCACGCCGGUGAAGCCAUGGAGCUGAGUGAGCUGCUGUAUAAUAAGUCGGAGUAUAUAGAGACUGCCUCCGGAAAUAAAGUCAGCCGGCAGUCCGUACUGUGCGGGAGCCAGAAUAUCGUUCUCAAUGGCAAGACAAUAGUCAUGAACGACUGCAUUAUCCGAGGGGACCUGGCGAACGUUCGAGUGGGGCGACACUGCGUCAUCAAAAGCCGAAGCGUGAUCAGGCCGCCAUUCAAGAAGUUCAGCAAAGGGGUAGCGUUCUUCCCCCUACACAUUGGAGACCAUGUCUUCAUAGAGGAGGACUGUGUGGUGAACGCGGCACAGAUAGGCUCCUAUGUACACAUAGGGAAGAACUGCGUCAUUGGCCGGAGAUGUGUCUUAAAGGAUUGCUGCAAAAUACUGGACAAUACAGUUUUGCCUCCUGAAACAGUGGUGCCCCCAUUUACGGUGUUUUCUGGCUGCCCCGGACUGUUCUCAGGAGAGCUCCCGGAGUGCACUCAAGAACUCAUGAUCGACGUCACCAAGAGUUACUACCAAAAGUUCCUACCUCUGACGCAGAUUUAGACUGGAACAAAUGUCCCCUCGAGCUGAUUUAUCUUUUCUUUUAUAUUGUAAAUGUAUAUAUUAAUGUGUCCUGCAUUGCGCUGGCUGAGAGUUCCCCUUUAACACUAUGUAUUUAUUUAAAGCCCCUUCUGUAUCCUCUUUACUCCUUGGCAGCCGUCCCGCUCGGCAUGGGGUCAUGAUGGGAUCCAGUCCCCAAAUCCAGCAUUUUGCCACCACCUUUCAAAGUAAGGCCUGGAUUCCAUUGUCCUGCAGUACCUCACUGACCUUCCCUUGCAAUAGAUUAGCACUUGUCAGUAAAAUAAACAUUUGCCUUCUGUA